AUGGCCUCUGUCUUCACAUACGACCCUGACCCUCCUCGGGUCUCCUCGCCCUGGAUUCUGGCCGACGAUGCGGACAGCCCUCAGGGGUCCGGAGCCGCGGUGACUCAGACCGGCUUGCUGUCUGAGUAUGGCGUCACAAGGCUUGAAGCUGAGCCGCAGACUGGCCCGAUCGAAUACAAGCUCCAUUUGCUAUUGCGGUCGCGGCGCAGCUAUGUGUACAUGAGUACCGUGCACCAGAAAAGAGACAGGCUUCAUGCCCAGCCCGGAGAUGGGUCGGCAAUGUACUCUGCGUCUCCUGCAUCAUCGAAUCAACCGCGCCAGGAGCGUCUCCAACGCCUGACAACGCAGCUGCUAUGGCGCUUGCAACAGUCGUCGCCGUACCAUGCGACAAGCUCCAGAGAAGUGAGAAUUCCAAAGCUAUCAGACGGCAAAGAUGACGCCAACUUGGAUCUAUACGGCACCCAGAUCCCUGGACUCGAAGAGUCGCAGGGUGCCUUGUAUGAGAUUGGCGUCUCUGAUGACGGAACUCUCAUUGGACUCACCAAAGACGAGCUGGAUGAGAGUAUCGCUACUCUCAGGAUCAUGGCAGCGAGUCUUGGAUGCGGUGUUGCCGUAAUGCGGAUGGUCAUUGUGGGCGACUGUGAAUGGAUCGAAAUAGCAGAGGUCGAUGGCGAUGCUACCAAGAACCCAGUUCAGGUUUCUAAACAGGAUAAACUAUGGGUAGCUGAAGCCUUGAUAACGCCCAAUACUGAGCUGCAGCAUUCAAAGUCUCUUACAGAAAACGGGAGCCGCGAUGGGUCGAAUGGUGGAACUCCUUUGCAAUCUUCUGCGUCAAACACAGUGCCAGGCCAUGCCAAAUCUACAACUCCGCAGCUGCGAGUUACCUUGACGGGCCCUAUAGCGUCAGGGAAAUCGAGUCUCUUGGGAACAUUGUCUACAGGCACUCUGGAUAAUGGCAGAGGCAAAAGUCGCUUGGGUUUGCUGAAGCAUCGUCAUGAGAUGGCAUCCGGAAUGACCAGUUCCAUUGCGCAGGAGCUCAUCGGAUACAAGGAAAGGGAAAUUUUCAGCUUUUCUCAUCGCAACAUCGAAUCAUGGGUUGACAUUCAUGACUAUGCUAGCAAUGGCCGACUUGUGUUUAUGUCUGACUCGGGUGGCAACCCAAGAUAUCGACAUACGGUCUUUCGUGGGCUUAUGAAUUGGGCGCCGCAUUGGAUGGUUCUCUGCAUUGCUGCAGAUGAUGCCGAAGGAACCCCUCGAGCUCAUGACAUAGCUUCUCCUGCAAUAGAUUCGGGAGAUACUGACUUGGUCAAGGCCCAUUUGAAUCUUUCGCUCAAGCUCGAUGUCCCGUUGGCAAUUGUCAUUACGAAACUGGAUCUCGCAUCCAAAGUAAGCCUGCAGAAGACCAUGACAAAAAUCCUUACGGCCAUACGGGAUGCAAAUCGUAUACCAAAGCUCCUACAACCUGACCAGCAGCCACAAGACCAGCUGGCGGAGAUUCCACAGGCAGACUGGGCUAAGGUGAAGAGCCUGGUUGAAAACAUGUCCGAACAUGGUGACCUGUUGAAGCAUGUUCCGAUUGUUUUUACUAGUGUCCUGAAAGGCGUUGGUGUCGGUCUUGUCCAUGCUCUACUGGCAAACCUGCCUCUACCAGCCCAUGGUUCUACAGAAACAACUCUCCAGCCAGAGCAGCCGAAAGACCUUUUCCAUAUUGAUGACACAUUCAGCUUGUCAAGAUCGCUGGAUGAUUCGUUGUCAAAUGCGGAAGGGGUCAUUGUAUCCGGCCAUGUUCGUCUCGGUAGCUUCUCUGUUGGGCAAACCAUCGUUGUAGGGCCAUUUUCGUCUGGUCAAAAUCGUACCUCCAGCUCCGAAGGCCAUUCAUCCGCCGACGACCGUGGAUCGCCAAUGCUAAAUGCGGUGUCAGCCGAACAUGCCAAAAGUACCCGGAGGUAUGGCACGCCGCCAUCUAUUGCUGCAGAUGAAUGGCAGAAAGGGCGCAUCGUAAGCAUCCGCAACCUUCGACUACCUGUGGGAACAUUGGAAGCUGGUCAAGUCGGAUCCAUUGGCCUUGUGUUUGAGCCAAACCAAACCGAACUCACUCCCCUAACGGAUACGCCUCAAAUUCAGAGGGGCAUGGUAAUAGCAACACUACCCAUGGAUACACUUGACGGCGAAAUCCCCCUCCAGGCUUCGUGUGGAUUCAUAGCGGUCUUUGACGACGAUGCUGCCCAGUUCCCUCCUCCGGGCACAACAGUCAAUGUGCUGUUUGCUUGUGUCAGAACUGCUGCUCGGAUUCUUGACGUCUCUGUCCAGCGCCGUGACGGAGUAGAUGCAGGAGGCACAAUGACGAAAGUGUCUGUGGAGUUAGUUCAUAGUCGAAAGUGGGCUGAGCUGGGGACAUCAGUCAUCAUCAUGGGAAACGGCAGUCAGGAUGGAUCAGGUUUGCAGGGCUUUGUUGGAAAGAUCACGGAGGUUGUGUGUUGAUAUGGAAACACGUGUCGAAGCUGCAUAUAAUUUGGUUAUUUCAUUAUGUUCAAUAGAUUAUGGUUGACACCAGUCAUGGUCGCUUUUCUGCAUCGUACUUGAUUCGCCACCCAACCCUUCCUAAAGAGCUUUCAAGCCCUCACUAAGCCAUAGAAUAAAGUCCACGUCAAUAUGAACCCAGGCAAGCCAUUGAAGAUGCCGCUAGUCCAGAGUUCCAGGGCGCCUUUGUAGUAGCGACCAGAGUCGAGCACACCGCGACCCUCUGCCAAAGAGCUCGGGGCAAGCUGGAAGAUGUAGAACAGGACGCUAGUUGUUAUUGAGAAGGCAAUGUAAAACAAGAAGCCGUAGUAGGACUCGAGACCAAGGAUUC